GUUUCCAGCGCUCUCGGAACAACGGCUUCCCACUGAUAUAUUUGCGGCUCACGUCGUCGUGUCCUCGAUCAAAGUUGGAUGUCGGCUCGCAUCAGCGACCUUGCCUGAUUACUUCCGCGUGGCAAUCCUGGCGGAAUCGCGAGCGUACGAGUAUUCUUUUGUUCGCCCAACCGAUAUACGGUUACCAGGUUGAACCCGGAACAAUUCGUCGCCGCAAUUGACGCCGUCACACAGAUCUGUUCGAGCAGGCUGCCCUCGCUACGAUGACACAACCAAAUCAAUCUGCAUUCACAUCCCUUCCUCCGCGGUCUCAGCCCUUGAGGGCCGACGCUUUUCCCAGACGACAUGGGCAGGUCACCCGACCCGAAUCUGAAUCUCAGGGGAACGAGGCGGCCAGCGGUGAUAAACCGACGACUACCCCCUUGAGCGUCCUGACAAACCUCAACUGCGGCCGAGCCCUGUAUCACAAACGGGACGAAGAGGACUCGAAUUCUUCACUUCCACCUUCGUCAGCCUCGAUAUCCGUGCCUAUCAGUGCAGUCCGACAAACUCCUACAACUCGUCGUCUUUUGUCACCCAACUCGGUCACUGCCCGUUUCUCAAGACCUAAACAUCCAUACUUGACGGAAGACCGUAGAGCUAUAUCGUCUACCUGGACCAGCCCCGCCAUCAUGACCGCAGUAGACAGGAGACCUAGUCUGAGCGCAACCCAUUCUCUCGAGGCCGGGUUUCAAGAGGAUCAAGCCGUCGCUACCUUUCCCAUAUCUCCCCUCGUCAUGUCGUCUCCGACUUCUACAGGCAUGCGUCGUGAACGCAGGAAAGCAGCUCCUAGCUGGCCGGACUCUCCUCGAGGUCCGGCAGGAGACCGUGCAGCGCGGGACGCAGUCGGUCUCGAUAGUCCAGGAUAUCUACAGACGCCCAGCAUCUUGCGCAACAUUCCUCCUCCUACCGCGACUCCGACCCACUCCCAGUUUCUACAUACGCCAUUGACGGCCGGAUACAAGACGCCGUUCUUCAGCUCGGCGCCGCCCUUGUCAAACGCUCGCGGAGAACCAUCAGCGUCGAGCUCGAAACAGCCGCUGCCAGCUCGCGACAGGAAGCGACAGGAAGGCAUACCAAAAUCCUACUUUGUCAAGAGCUUGCAUAAUCUCGCACCCAAUUUCUGGAACAAGCCCGCUACUGCGGACUGCCGAGUCCUCAUUCCUAUAAGAGGCCCGGGACAGACGACCCCUUCGCCCACUCAAUACGCAUCGUUCUCGGAUCAUCCCGCACAGGAUGUGACGUCGCAGAGACCUCCAUCCUCGACGCCACAAUUGUACGGAGGAGUCUCGCCAGCCCUGGUCAACGCGGGCGCUUUCGCGUCGACCCAAACCGAGGAAGCACCGGAAUCUGCAGCAGGUACUCAAACUUCCCGCAAGCAGCUUAUGACGUUCAACCUACACCGCGACUAUCUGGUCAGCCAGUCAGCUUUGUUCGCAGAACUCUUGGACGACAGACCCCCCAUACAAAAGGCUUCCUCGUCUCACCAAGUCCCUCCUCCUUCUGCUCCGAGUGACGUCACGUCGUUUGUCAGAAGCGAGCACGCCGGACGAAGCAGCUCGCCACGACGACAAAUUCGGCCGGCAACGGCAAAGGGUGCUAGGAUCUUGCAAACGCCCGCUCAUGUCCCCACUACGAUAUGGCUGCCACUACCUGAUCCGGGGAGCUUUGCUGUCCUCGCUCACGUUCUCUAUUGGGGAGACGCUUCCGUUCUAGAGACCGCACUUGCCAGAGGCGAGGUGACCUGGCAAGGCGUCGUCAAGAACACGGAAUACCUCGGUUUCGACAACGCCAUCAAACGGAUCCUCGGCUCUUGGUUCCGCCGCUGGGUCAAGGUCUCUGCUGGCCGAACCAGUUCGCAAGGUCGAGCCCAGUCCACCACCGCCGUCGCCGAGAGAAGACGGAGUGGAAACGAUUGCGACAUGCAAAGCGAAGACGAUGCCGAUUUCUUUGGCCCGGCAGUUUCCAUGCCACGACGACGGUCGGAAAACAAUGCGACCGUCUUGUCACCGUCAGGCACUGGGGCACAGACGCCAGUGAUGGAGGGCGUAGAUGAGAAUGCCGAUGCUGAAGUAGUAGUGAACUUGAUGCAAGGAUUGUAGAUCGAAUGAAUGGACCGUACCUAAUAAUUAAUGUGUAACAAUAUACCAUACCCGAGCCGAGCUCGUUUGCCCCUUUGCGGUCACUGAAACUCAUUGAG